AUGCAUAUGAAGAAUCAAGAGGAUCAGAAGUCCAAUACUGAUGAAAGACAGCAGACAGAGCUGUCGGAAGUCAGAGAUUUGGCGCGAGAAUGGGAUCAAAAGGAUCGGGAAGCCAAAAGGGCUGCGCGGCAAGCCAGAACUUCAAUCACUCGAGAAUCCAUGAGAACCCCCGCCACUGGCACGAUCAGCGGUAGCGAUGAUGGCAGCAACGAUGGUACGGUCUCUUCGUCUCGCUCACAGAAAGACCGAGAAGCCAAGCGAGCAGCCAGACGGGCAGGUCCGUCAACUGCAUGUUCUUCAGUUCUGGCAGGUUCCGACAAGAGCGCAGAAGUUCGAACGUUGACUCGAGAACUUGAAGAGAAAGAUAGGGCUGCCAAGGAAGUCACGAGGCAACAGCAAAGCGCUCCACUAUUGGACUCUGCCUCGCGACGAUCAUCUACCAACAGAGGGCUCGGUCGAGACAAAGCCGCCAAGGACGCUGCUAGGCAACAGCAGCCGCACCCACAGAAACCACCAUCGAUUGACGCUUCUUCCAGAAGUCAAUCCACGAACAGAGGGCUCAGUCGGAGAGCCAAGGAAUCUCAGAACAAUAUUGGGACUGGAUCUUUGGCAUCACGGGAAUCUACCCAUUCCGGUAUUUCGCUUGCAGAAAGCACCGAAUCUGACGUUUCGUUCGAAACCUCAAGGAGUCGCAUUCAAGAGCGACAGAAUAGAGCUGCCAAGCGAGCAGAAAAGGAAAAUCAGUUAAAAUCGAGAACUGGGGCAUGGGGUUCAGCUGAUUCCACCGAUGAAGAUGUUGCUGCUUCUUCCGAGGCCUCUCCUUGCGUUGUAGAGCCAACUCCAGAGCCCAGUGCACCUGGUGCGUUUCAUUCUCAACCCACACAGGAAGAAAUUGAUGGCAUUCAGGAUCCUAGUCAAUCCAGCCACAACAAUGAUCCAGAUCCUGAAGCUCCAGCAAUACCAGCGAAUCAAGACUUGUCCAUCGAGGUCCUCGUGGAGGCCACCUUGGUCGACGAUGACCCCCCUCCAAUAAGUCAAAUGGAUGAAAGCGACAAACCCAUGGCUGAAGCCAAAGCAAUGGAUGACAACGAGAUGGCGAGCAGCUUUCUAAGGAGCCAAACAGGGCGUAGACUCAUAGCAGGGGUGCUAUUUGUAUUUUUGAUGCUCAUCAUUGGAUUGGCGGUGGGCCUCUCCAGACAAGACAGCAACGGGGCAAUGGAAGUUACCAUGGUAACAAUCACUCAGGUUCCUUCCGCCACACCCACCAUGUCCCCCACCCUCGCACCUACUGCGCUCUUGGAGACAGAGCUGGCCCAAGUACUACUUAAUGAGCUGAGUUUGACAAAUGCAACAAUAGCAGAGAUAUUGCAAAACCACCUAUCACCGCCAGCUCAAGCAGCCAGCUGGUUGUUGAACGAACCAUUCCUAUUUGGCUUGCCCCUGCUGCAGAAGGUGCAAGGGUUCACUCUGGGGACUUUGUUUUGGUCAACUGAUGGAGCAAGUUGGACCAACUCCACCAACUGGUUUAACUAUGAGCUUUCCAGUACAGUUUGUUCCUGGCAUCAGAUCGGCUGUGAUGUUUAUGAAGAAGAAGUUGACUCUAUCAACCUGGGCAACAAUAAGCUCCACGGAACAAUCCCAAGAGAAAUUGCCCUGCUGGCACCCUCCUUGACAUCAAUUGAAUUCUAUGACAAUGCACUCUUGCAGUUGUUGAGGGUGCAAAAUUCCCUUCUCUCAGGAUCUAUUGCACCAGAUUUGGCGUUGGCUACAAGCCUCAGUGGCAUUGACUUGACAGGCAACAAUCUUGUUUCAUCAAUCCCAAGAGGACUGUUUCAUUUGCCAAUGCUUUCUCAGCUGAAUUUGGCAAAAAAUGCUCUUUCGAGUUCCAUUCCCUCUGAAGUUGGCCUGUCCAAUAGCAUUGUGGGUCUCAACCUCAGUUCAAACUUGAUCACCGGAAGUAUCCCAAGUAAGAUAUUUUCCAUUUCAUCACUAGCACAAUUGGAUCUCUCUGCAAAUGGCCUAUUUGGAUCUCUGCCCGAAGAGGUUGGCUCUGCGAGCCAGCUUUCCUUCAUGCAUAUUGGUACAAAUCAGAUCACAGGAAAACUGCCCUCAUCAUUGGGUUUGUUGCGAAAGCUGUGUUUCAUCGAUGCUUCAAACAAUCAAAUGGUUGGGUCCCUGUCUGAGGCACUAUUCGCUUUGUGCUAUGGUGAAACCCUUGAAAUACCUGCAGAAAAUGGCACCACAACAGUUGUACUGAGAGGAACCCUUCUUGCUGCACCUCAGUACGAUACCGAGGAUUUACUAGCGCAAUUGAAUGAUGCUGCAUCGGACAUUCUCAGCAAUGGAUUUAAUGGCUUUGAGAGCCUCAACACAACAAUUGUCAGCAUUAUAAGCCCAUACCAAUCAGAAAUCAAGCUCAGCAUUGCCGUUUCAGGUGUACUGCCAGACUCGCCCCCAUCACAGAGCAUGGUCCGAAAUGUCUUGUUUCCAUUCAACUCCUUCCAAUUCAACUAUGUCUGGGACAGUACGACAACUAUUCCAAUCUUUGUUAUGCCUGAGUUUGUGCAACCUCUGAUGCUUGAUGUCUCCGGCAACUCGCUAACAGGGUCGCUCCAUUCUGGAUUCUUUGAGAGCAUUCCAUGGGUUAAUAGCUUCAACAUUGCAUCCAAUCACUUCUCUGGCACUCUCCCAACACAGCUAGGAACAGCUUCUUCCAUUGUGGAGCUAUCAUUGGCUGCCAACAACUUUGUUGGCUCUCUUCCAAGUGAGAUUGGACAGUUGACUGACAUGCAAGCAUUGGAUCUUUCUUUCAAUGAUUUGUCCAGCACGAUCCCCCUUGAGUUUGGGAGUCUGGCAAGUCUACGGAGCUUGGCGAUGAGCUCCAACAGCUUGGUAGGACCACUGGAUUCCUUGUUUUGGAAAGAACAACUGCAGGCCAACUCUACUGUUCUUGGCAAUGACAAUGAUUCCAAGGACACUGGUUUUGGUCAGCAAUUGUGUCACUUGGAUUUGUCGGACAACGCGCUGUCUGGUACUCUUCCACUGGAAGUUGGCACACUACUGUGCCGGCGUCACCUCUAUGCCGGCAACAAAACUGUCAGUAUGGCCUUUAGGAUCCAGUAUGGCUUUCAUGAUUGGCAACAGGAUGUGGCCAGAAUGCCGUAUGAUUCCGAAAUGGAAGCAGUCAGAAAGCAAACGUCAAGAUUCCUUUCGGAUUUUAUCAGUGGGCAGUUUCAUCAGAGCCCCGGACACGUCGAGCUCGUGGCAUUGAAUGCAUCCCUGGACUCGACACUGGAAGGUGAAAAUCGAGUGUUUGUUGACUUUGUGGCUGCUGUGCGGUUCGAUGAAGCACCCAUACCGACUCGCAAGGAUCUUGUGGAUGCCCUCAGUGAACCCUUUGCCCUUUUGGACUAUGUCACAAUCAGUUACCUGGGCGAGCUCACGGGAAGUUUGUUUGAUAUCAACAACAUUGCCUCCAAUGCCCGCUUCAUCUACUUGGAUGUUCCCCCGACAUCCUUGUUGCCUCCCGUUUCCCUGGAUGUGUCGUUCAACAAUCUUGCUGGUACCAUUCCGUCCGAAUUGGCCAAUUUGAUGACGCUGCAUUCGUCGGUUGUUUUGGAAGGGAAUGCGUUUACGGGGUCUCUUCCUGUGGAGCUGUGCCCUUGGCUGUGCCUCGAGCAAAGCGGGUCAUCUAGCCAACCUCUUUUGGUUGUGGACUGUGACCAAGUCGAAUGCAACUGUGAUUGUUCUGCGGAUCAGCCGUAG